GAUAGUGUAUACAGGCUGACACGCCGCACAGGUAUUUAAUUCUCAGGACUAGACGGAAGGUCGAAAGAACAGGGAGGCCAUGUUGGAUUUUAAGUAAAGUUCUCGUGUGAUCCCGCCAUCAGAAAUGCAUCCCCGGCGCAGUGCUCAGGAAGUCCUACUGUGUGACCUCUGUGAAACUGUCCCCCUACAGAGUCACUGUGAACUUUGUAAUAUAAAUCUCUGUGUUAACUGUGCAGUAAAGCAUCUCUCAGACUCGUCUAAAAGACACAAUGUCGUGCCGUUUUUACAGAGAAAGGUUACCCCUAACUACCCAAAAUGUCCGAAACACCCCGAAAAACACUGCGAACUUCACUGCGAGGAAUGCAACAUUCCUGUCUGUUCUACCUGCGUCUCCUCAGGUAAACACAAAGGUCACGAUAUGUCAGAUAUCCUGGAAAAACUCAGCGCUAAAACAGAAAGUUUACAAAAAGAUCUAAAAGAACUCGAGACAAGAAUUUACCCGCGAUAUGAAGAAAUGGCCUCCGAUGUGCAAACUGAAAAAGCCGAGUUAGAAACGAAAUACGGGAAACUGACCACAAUUGCUGACCAACAAGGAGAAAUCUUACACCGGGAGAUUACCGCCAUUGUCAACCGACGGAAAUCCGCCAUUGCGGAGAUGAAAACUAAACAUCUGGAGGCACUAAAUAAAAAUACAGAAGAAAUCACACAGAAAAUGGCGGAACUCAAACAGAUCAUGUCCGACUUGAAAUCAAUCCUAAAAUUAAAUGACGUCUCCUUAACCUCUACUUACAAAUCUAGGAAUUCUGAAUUUAGAACAUUACCGCCUAAAGUCCGCGUUACAGUACCGAGUCUCUCUCCUCAGAAAAUAAACAAAGAUCAGCUCAAUGAAAUGUUUGGUUCUCUGCCGCCAUUAUCCAUUAACACAGAACAUGGCGACACAAUGAAGUCAGCAGAAGCUGUAUCGUCUCCUCCAGUCAAACCACUGCUUGAUGAGCCGCGCGUCACCGCCACCAUAAACACUGGGUAUAGCAGGUUCUUAGACAGACUAUUCAGUGUUAGCUGUCUGAGUGAAGAUCAAGUCUGGACAUGCGGGAUAAACAACACCAUGAAGCUGCUCAACCUCCAGAGUAAACUACUGACAUCAAUACAAACCAAGUCAGGGAACAGACCAAUAGACAUAGCAGUGACACGGGACGGAGAUCUUGUUUAUACUGACUAUGAUGAUAACACUAUAAACUUAAUUAAGAAUAAACAGAUACAGACCGUGAUCACACUACAGGGGUGGAGACCUCUCUCUGUCUGCUGUACCGCGGGUAACGACCUCCUGGUUAUCAUGGACAGUGAUGAUGUCAAACAAUCCAAAGUCGUGCGUUACUCCGGCUCCACAGAGAAACAAAGCAUUCAGUUUGAUGAUCAGGGUCGUCCUCUCUACUCAUCUGAUGGUGACAGUAAAUACCUCAGUGAGAACAAGAACCUGGAUAUCUGUGUGGCUGACUGUGGAGCUAGUGCAGUAGUGGUGGUCAAUCAGUCAGGAAAACUCCGAUUUAGAUACACUGGUCAUCGCUCUAAUACCAAGCAAUCAUUUACUCCACACGGCAUCACUACAGACAGCCAGAGUCACAUCCUGACAGCAGACGGUAACAAUCGCCGUAUCCACAUCCUAGAUCAGGACGGACAGUUCCUCCGUUACAUUCACUGUGGUUUACGCGGUCCAUGUGGUUUAUGUGUGGACAUCAGAGACAACCUCUUUGUGGCUGAGCGUCACACUGCUAAAGUGAAGAAAAUCCAAUAUCUAUAAUCACAGUGUUAAUUACACAGCUCUACAGUGUUAAUUACAUCUACCAACACAGUGUUAAUUACAUCUACCAACACAGUGUUAAUUACACAGCUCUACAGUGUUAAUUACAUCUACCAACACAGUGUUAAUUACAUGUCUAACCAGAGAGUAAAAUUACAACACCGUGUUAAUUACAUCUGCUUGUUAAUUACAAUCCUGUGUACAUAACAACCCUAUGUUAAUUACAAUCCUGUGUAAAAUACAGCCCUGUGUUAAUUACAGUCCUGUGUUAAUUACAGCCUGUGUUAAUUACAGCCCUGUGUACAUUACAGUCCUCUGUUUGUGAUGUGUAACAUGUACUUGUGUUUGUGAGUUUAACAGAACAUUAUUUUGUUUGUGAAUUAAUUCAAUAUGUGUUUGAUUUUACAAUGUAUAUAUUAGAUAAACAUGAUACAGAG